GUGCACUCAAACCCAGGUACAGCUUCACAGACGUACGAUCUGCUGUUAUUUUUCUCCAAUUUCAACGAAUAACUUUCCUCGCCCUUCCUUCCCCACCAAUUCUUGUUCUUCUAAUCAACCAGUGAGCAACGUCUUAUCAUCUUCACUAAUCAAUAAUUACUUGAAAAAAUGAGGAUUAUUCUUAUGCUAAAGAGUUUUUAGGAAAGACAAUGAGAUGUGUCUUUGACUUGAUGGAUGGAUAGAUGAAAUUUCGAAACUCUUUACUUCAAUAGUUCAGUCAUUCCUUAGUAGAACGGACGAUAUGACUAUGUCAUAUUCGAAGUGAAUGAACACAAGGAACCAAAGAAUCUGGCCCCUUUAGUCGAUAAAGAUAGUUUUGAAGACAAAACUAUCUUUUUUGGCGUGAUAGUGCGAAGACGAGUCAUGUACAGUACAAUAAAGAGGCUAUAGUUUGAUUAGUAUGAUAGUAAUUGGGAAUUGCGACCAGUUAGGAAUUGUUGGUGGUCAAGCAAUAUCAGAGUUAAUUAGUUACCGUUCGUUCCCGACUGCAGUAGUGUUUUGUACAAAUAUAGGAAUAGGAUUUCAGUCUUAGAUGCAUUGAAAGUUGAAACGAUAUGCUAUUAUUAAACAUGAAUGAAGUAACGUUAAAGUAUUAUGGUUUGCUUGUCACUUAACUCAGAGAUUGGGGGUAGUGUUACAUUGUAUGACCUACGAACCAGGAGGAAACUACUAUACUGUAUGAUACAAGUUUCCAUAAGCUGGUAACCUCCUCCAAUUAGUAAUUGUUUAGGGAUAGGAAAAGUACAAGCUUUAAAUUAUAAUAGUUAUACCAAAGACUUGUUUGUAGUUAAGUUAUUAUAAUUUAAACACUAGCAAUUUGCUGUUUUAAUAGAAGUUUGAUAAGUGGCAAAUCGUUGAGAGAAAAUUCAGAGUGUUGAAAAUAAGAUUCGCAUAAGGUAGAUAUUAAAGUCAGGAUUAUUGAAAGACCAGAUUUAUACAAUGCGAUAUGCUCAAAUAGUCAUGGGGUUGAAAGAUUGCGGAAAGAGCACUUACUGCCUACUUAUAUCAAAAUACGCUGAAAGCAAGGGGAGAAAGAUGCGAAUUGUGAAUUUGGACGCGAGGACCCCCUCUGUCGUAUACGACCAACCAAUUGCUGAUGUCAGGGAUGUGAUAACAAUUUCCGAAGUGGAAGAGGCUGAACGAUUGUCGCCUGGAACAGGUGCUGGGUUCGAACUGACUUUGACAUAUGUUUUGGAUCAUCCGGAAUGGCUUUUCGACGCCAUUGGUGAGGUAAAGGAUGGCGACUAUAUCAUUUUUGACUGUCCAGGAGAAUCCGAAUAUCAUGUACAUCUGAAGACCAUGAAAGUAUUUGCUGCAAUGCUCGUCGUUAAAAACUUUCGCACAUGUGGCGUAUUUGUGCGAGACUCUCGAUCCGCUAUAAACGGAUACAAUUUCAUAGCGAGUUGUCUAACCCCGUUAACUUCAUAUGUCAACUUAUCCAUUCCGCACGUCAACUUGAUGAUGAAGGUGGACCUCUUAACUGACGAAGAAAAGUCAAGAUUACAACUUUUUAUAAACUCUGACGUCAAAGAUGUUCUGCGAUACGAAAAUUCUAAACAUAGGUCAGCCACUGACAACAGUUUAUUAGAAGGCUAUCAAGAGCUUGCCAAAAUUUGCUCCACUGCAGCCUCAAUUUUAGAAGGACAUAACUUUGUUCGCAAGAAAUAUUUCCCAAUCGACACAAGGGACGAUAAUUCUCUGAAGGGAUUCCUUGGUAUAUUAGACGAUGUAAUGGGCAUUACUGAAGACUGAUUUUGUCUAUAAUUUUUUCUUCACGUCUCAAUGUUUUCUUACCAGCGUACUACUACUACUACUACUACUAUUACUACACUAAUACGAUGUGACUUUAUAUAUAUACGUCUUUUUCAAGAACUGAUGUUGAGCAUUAAUCUAUUUUAUUAUUCAACAUGCAAAUAAUACAUACUGGCAAUUAUUUCAAGUUUCUCAUUUUACAAAAAUAAUAUUACCGUAUUUUCAAUAUUAAUGAUGUUAAAUACCAGGUGCUCAAAGGCUAAGGUUCUGACUUUUUCUGCACUAACUAUUAUAUGAGUGAAUGCUUUACUAUGGCACUAUAUAGGCAAUGAAAUGUUCAAAUUUUCUGCACAAGAAUUGUGGUUCAGUUAAAUUUUAUACUUUUGUAAUAUAUUCGUAUACAUCGUUGAACGUUCCUUUCCAAUUUUUAUGCUUGAGUUAUCGAUUAAUAAUUUUCCAGUCCAAUAAAUAUGUCUGGCCAUACCAAAUACGGAAUAAUGGAUAACAAAGUCAUCAUCAGUCAGAUCUUGUAUUUCCGUAGGACUUUUUAGUAUUUUUAUUGUACUUGUGGUAACAACAAUUACUUUUAAUGGUUAUUUGACUGUCAUGAUCAGCUUAUUAUGUAUUACGCACUACUAAAAAGUAGUUUUUAGUAUGGAUAUUUCUUUUGAUUCCACUUCCGAAAGGACUGACUGGUAAUUUUAUUUAGUGUAGAAGCGAUUUGUAACUUAAACCUAAGAAAUAAUUGAACAAGGUGCUAUCAUAGUUAAUUAUGAUAAACGAUUGCUUAAAAAGAACUUUAUACAACGUAUUGGUACUAUUCGCACUAAAUAUUGCAAUCCAAAGAAUGUAAUUACAUGUAACAUGCAACAAGGUAAACAGUUUUAGUUUUUAGUAAUUUUAUACAUACGAAUCUAGACUACUUGAAUAUAUAAUAUAGAUACCCAAUAACAUGUUCGUAGACUUAUGUUGGACAGGAUCUUUAUUAUUGUCAUUAAUGUCAUCAUUGCAUUUAUUAAGUUACCUUGUGUAAUUAGUUCAUAGUAUUGUGGCGAAGUGUGUUAGUACAAUAUCAUCCAGCUGGGAUAAAACAUUUACGAUGACUGAAACCUGGAAAUAUACCAAAUCUAUCUAUUCGUUAUCGCUAAUUAUAACAAAUAAAUGAAUGUUUCCACUUGAAAUUUUGAAAUCAUA